AUGCAAUUGCUGGUAUUAGGGAUGGCCAUCUGGGGGGCGCAAGCUUGUUCGGACUCUCAGAGCUGUACGACAACGCUGCCAUCCAAUGCCUCUUCCAAAGAGUACUGCUACUCGGCUCGAAUUCGCAGUACAGUGCUGCAGGGCUUGCCGUUUGGUGGCGUACCAACUGUUCUUGCCCUUGACUUCAUGUGCUUCUUGGGCUUGCUGGUUGUUUUCUCCUUCCUAAGAAAAGUAGCCUGGGACUAUGGACGCUUGGCUUUGGUUACCGAUGCUGACAGGAGAAUGGAUCAGCGUUACAGUCGUCUGGAUGAUCGGGAAUACGCAGCCGCUGCCUUGACAACAGAGAUACCUGAACGUUACGAGCGCCUCACCUCAGUUUCCAGUUCGGUUGACAUAGAUCAGAGAGACACGGGCUUUUGCUCGUGGCUCACUGCAAUCUUUCGCAUCAAGGAUGAUGAGAUUAAGGAUAAGUGUGGUGAGGACGCAGUACAUUAUUUGUCCUUCCAGCGCCAUAUCAUCGGCCUACUGGUUGUGGUGGGUGUGCUUUCUGUUGGAAUCAUUUUGCCUGUAAACUUCUCAGGAAAUCUACUUGAAAACAGUGCUUAUAAUUUUGGAAGAACUACAAUAGCAAAUCUUGAUGCAGAUAAUGCGCUUUUGUGGCUGCACACCAUCUUUGCAUUCCUUUACCUGUUACUGACAGUGUGCAGUAUGAGGAGACACACCUCCAAGAUGCAUUAUGUGGAGGAUGAUCUGGUCAAACGAACGUUAUUUGUCAAUGGACUCUCAAAAUAUGCCGAAGAAGCAGAAAUAAAGCAACAUUUUGAGCAGGCGUAUGAAAACUGCACUGUGUUGGAAGCCCGCAUCUGUUACAAUGUGGCCAGGCUGAUGUAUCUUAACUCUGAAAGAAAGAAGGCAGAGCGCAGCAAGAAAUUCUUCCUAGAUCUGCAGGCCAAAGAGCACAUUGCCACCAUGAUAAACCCAAAGCCAUGUGGACACCUUUGCUGUUGCAUCAUCAAAGGUUGUGAGCAGGAAGAGGCUGUGAGUUAUUAUACCAAGCUGGAAGCUCAAUUAAAAGAUGGCUACAGGAAGGAAAGAGAGAAGGUCAACAGAAAACCUUUAGGAAUGGCAUUUGUCACUUUUCAAAAUGAAUCCAUCACUGCUAUAAUAUUGAAGGACUUCAACGCUUGCAAAUGUCAGGGCUGCCACUGUCGCCGAGAGCCUCAGAGCUCUGCAUUCAGUGACAAACUCCAGACACACAACUGGACUGUGAGUUAUGCCCCUGAUCCACAAAACGUCUACUGGGAGCAUCUGUCAUUGGGAGGUUUCUCGUGGUGGAUCCGCUGCCUCAUCAUAAACUGUGUCCUCUUCCUCCUCCUUUUCUUCCUUACCACCCCAGCCAUCAUUAUCUCCACCAUGGACAAGUUUAAUGUUACCAAACCAGUGGAGUACUUAAAUAAUCCAAUUAUCACGCAGUUUUUCCCAACGCUACUAUUGUGGUCUUUCUCCGCCUUACUUCCUACCAUUGUCUACUACUCAGCCUUCUUUGAAGCCCAUUGGACACGGUCAGGAGAGAACAGAACUACAAUGCAUAAAUGCUACACUUUCCUUAUAUUUAUGGUGCUCCUACUGCCCUCUCUUGGUCUUAGUAGUUUGGAUCUUUUUUUCCGGUGGCUUUUUGACAAAAGAUUCUUGGCAGAUGCUAAUGUGAGAUUCGAGUGUGUGUUCCUUCCUGACAAUGGAGCCUUCUUUGUCAACUAUGUCAUUGCUUCUGCAUUCAUUGGAAAUGCCAUGGACCUGCUCAGGAUCCCGGGUCUCCUUAUGUACAUGAUUCGCCUUUGCCUCGCCCGAUCUGCUGCCGAGCGCAGGAACGUCAAGAGGCAUCAAGCUUAUGAGUUUCAAUUUGGAGCGGCUUAUGCGUGGAUGAUGUGUGUCUUCACAGUGGUUAUGACCUACAGCAUCACCUGCCCAAUUAUCGUCCCCUUUGGCCUGAUGUACAUGCUGCUCAAACACUUAGCAGACAGGUACAACAUGUACUAUGCUUAUCUGCCUUCCAAACUGGACAAGAAGAUCCAUUCUGGCGCUGUCAACCAAGUGGUGGCUGCUCCAAUUCUUUGUUUAUUCUGGCUUCUUUUCUUCUCCACAAUGCGCUCUGGCUUUUCAGCUGCAAUCUCCAUGUUCACGUUCAUAGUCUUGAUCAUCACAAUAACUGUCUGCCUCUCGCAUGUCUGCUUUGGACAUUUUAAAUAUUUGAGCGCUCACAAUUACAAGAUUGACACCCAAGAAUUGGAUGUGACUGAAAAUGGACGUGCAGAGUGCACUACUGACUCCAACAAAGCAGCACAAAUGUACAUCGCUGAAGUUCUGCAAGAUCCAAAUUCCGAGGAAGCCGGAUCAGGCAGUGGCGAGGAUGAUGGUCAGGGUUCAUCACAGGAUGACGAAAUAAUCAAUGUGGAAAACGGCCUGAACGAAGACUUCCAGUCAGGAGAAGACAGCCUCAUUGAUAAUGAAGUUCGACACUGA